UACAGAGACUACCAAACCAUUCUCGUACACAACCGUCUUUUCCACCUGCCAACUCGAUGGCGUCUCCUUCGUCCAUUAGGUCAAGGAGCUUACGGACUCGUCAUCUCAGUCCAAGAUACUUUAUCGGGAGAACCUGUGGCGGUGAAAUGUAUCACGAGGGUUUUCGAUAAAGUCAUCCUCGCCAAAAGGGCUUUGAGAGAGAUUACUUUGUUGAGACAUUUUGCGGGACAUGAGAAUUUGACAGGGUUGAUAGAUCUCGACAAUGUGUGGGAUGGGUAUAAUGAGAUUUAUCUCUAUAUGGAACCUAUGGAAGCCGACCUGCAUCAAAUAGUCCGAUCUGGUCAGGCUCUCAGUAACACUCAUAUCCAGUAUUUUCUCUACCAACUAUUGAGAGGGAUGAAGUACAUCCACACGGCCAACGUCAUUCACCGGGACUUGAAACCUGGGAAUUUGCUAGUGAACUCUGAUUGCGAAUUGAAGAUUUGCGAUUUUGGUCUUGCCCGGGGUUUUCGUCCGGGAAUGAUGGGGACAAAACUAAUGACAGAUGUCGCCACGAGAUGGUAUCGUGCUCCUGAGAUUAUGCUGUCCAACGAACGAUAUACUACAGCCAUCGACGUCUGGUCCAUAGGUUGUAUCCUUGCGGAACUACUGGGUGGUAAGCCAUUGUUCAAGGGGAAAGAUUAUGUGGACCAGCUUAAUCUCAUCCUCGGCGUUCUUGGUACACCGGAUGACGAGACUUUGAACAAAGUGGCGAGCGAAAAGGCAGCUGUGUAUAUACGUUCGUUGCCUUACACCCGUCCUGUUCCCCUGGACGAGGUCUUACCUGGUGCGGAUUCCCAAGCCCUUGACCUCCUCUCUCAUUUCCUCACAUUCGACCCUUCCAAACGAAUAGACGUCACAACAGCUCUUUCUCAUCCUUACAUGGCACAAUAUCAUGAUCCAACAGACGAACCUUCUUGUCCAACAUUUGAACAUUGGGAACAAGUUGAAUCACUUGAUACAUUACCUGAAUUACGUGAAGCUAUUUCUGAACAAAUUCGUUUAUUCCGAGAAGAAGUCAGAUCAGUAGAAUUUGAUCCUGAACUCGAUUCUGAAAUUGAAACUCUAUCCAUAUCUAAUUCAUUCUCCACAUCUUUGAUACCAUCAUUAUCUUCUCUAAACAACAUGAAAGGAGAAAAAGAAGAUGUAUCUCCGAAAAGUAUUCGAAUCGAUAAACGUCAUUCAACUCCUUUAACUCCUGAUACGACAUCAAGUUUUAAUGAACAUUCAUCUGGUAUAUCAUCAGGACCGGGAGGUUCAAAUGUAUCGAUAGGAACUAUAGGAUCAAGUGGUAUAAGAGUACCGAAUAAAAGAAGAAGUUCAGGAAUAUCAAUGUCACGUAGACCGACUUUUUUCUCACCUUUAAUAGGUACAUUGACAUCAUUACCAAUGACAGCAGGAAUAGAAAUCUAUCAAGUACAGUAUACUUUUAUAGGAAAAAAAGUAGACAAGUAG